GGACGGAAGAAAAACCUGAAGGAUAAUGACGAUGAUGAAAGUAUGGCAAUAGGAAUGAUGGAGUCAAAAAGAAAGGUUGUUAUGAUUGUUAAGAUUGGCAUGUACUAAAACCUGAAACAGCAAAAUGAAAUGACCAAAAUGAAACAAGUAAAACAAGCAAAAGGAGCAAAACAAGCAAAACAAAACAAUGGUUAUGAGCAAAACAAAAUGAAAUAGGUGAAACCAUUGAAUCUACAAAAAAAAACAAUUGAAAUGAAAUGAACAUAACAACCAAACCGAAACGACCGAAAUGACUAGAAAAUUUAAUUUCAGUGCCAGCUGAUAUAUUUAUCUCAUUUCAAUUAUGGUCUACACCUGAUCUACCUCAUUAGGGAAAUUCAGUUAUGUCUCAAUUACCAUCUGCUUGGCGUGAGUUGUCAAUGAAACCUUAAUUAAAAAAGAAAUAAAUGGAAAAAAUUAGGUACAUAGACAUUGUCAUUGAAUACCAUUAUCUAUUUCCUCCUCUUCUUUCUGUGAGAUAUGCUUUGGUUUUUGAUACGGCUGGCAUUCUGUCCAAGAAACUACAUAUAAGUAUCAAAUUAUAGUUUCAACUGCUUGUGUGGAGAGGAAAAAAGUUUUGUGAGACAGCCUUAAUAUUUAAAAGGUUUUAAAAAUGUGAGAGAAUAUCUGAAGUGAAAUCUACAAGUUCUACAACAUUUUAUCCUCCACUUGUCUUGAUCAUUGUAGUGGUUUUGUUUUGGUCAUAGAAGUCAUUUUGUUUGGUUGUUUUGUUUUGGUCAUUUCAUUUUAGUUGUUAUGGCUGUUUCAUUUUCCUUGUUUAGCUUGUUUUGCUUGUUUUGUUUCAGUCACUUUGUUUUGCUGUUUUAUUGGGUUUUAGUUUAUGCCAAUAAGAUUAAAUUUAGCUACAACCAAGUGAAAAGAUCUUGAUGAUUACUGCUUCCCCUAAGAUAUCACGAACAGAAAAGAAUUAUUUAAUAAUGUGUUCAUGCACAAUGUUGACUGGCACUAUUGCCUGCAUCUUGCAUUGUGACUGUUCUCAAUAAAUGAGCCUAUUUUAUUGCAGGUAUGUGCCUCUGGUACAUGCCAGUCAAUAUACUAUUUUAGCCGAGAAGCCAUAUUACACAUAGAGAUAUCACAUAAUUUGCAUCACAUCAUCUCUCUGAGAGGUUCAAACAUCGAAAUUACCAUAAAAAUGUCUUUUGUUACCCUUGAUACUCUCUGGAACCAAACUGCCUCUUGGGAUAUGGAUUGAACUGUAGCUUGCUUAGAGCUUUAUCCAGACAGCAAGUGAACUAGAAAAGUUGGUUAUCAGGCAACCCAAUUUUGACAAUUGGGCAGAUUUGUUCAAAGCAUUUUAAAGCUAACUUGGGAUUAGCCAACAAUUUUUUUAUUUAGUUUUGAAGCUUUUCAGACUGUUUUAAUUGUCUACAUUUUUUUCUUUAGUUUUGUCUUUCACUAAGGCAAAUCCCUCAAAAUGUAAACCCCUGAUAUAAUCUUUAUUUCAAGGGAGAUUAAGGAAAUGUUAAUAUUUUAAUCCUGUGCUAUCACUAAAUGCUUUAUUAACAACUGGGAUGGGAAUAGCAAUUUCUUCUUCUGUGGAAAUCUUGAAAAUAAUGUCUGUAGGUUUGACUCUAGCCCACAAUUAGAAAUGUAAUCAAGUGGAUUAUAUUGUGCAUAUGAUGAAAUUUAAUUAGUCUUCAUAAAUCAACAGUGAUAUUGUAUUGAUAUUGUAAGGAGGAAUUCUGUCUUGGUCACUCAUGGGAGUUAAAGGUUAACUCCCUUGAUUUGGUUGUUGAUUCUCCCCACUGGCAGCAACACAUUUCCUCAUAAUUUAAUAAUGAAAAUUUAGUGUUAUAUUAAGAUAAUAACUUCUACCUGAUAAGUUUGAGGAUUCUUGUUGCCAUUUUGCUGGAUAAUGUAUGGUUAUUAGAGGGAGAAGUUACAUUUUAAUCACUCUUGGGAGUUAAGGGGUUUAAGUUUAGUAAAACUGGAAUGAACAAUUCUAAAGGACAGUGGUUAUCAUUGGAAUGGUCAUGUGCACAGCCUUUUCCUUAUGUUUUGAGCAGCUGAACCAUAUUCAGAGCAAAAUAAACUAAACAUAGUCUACUUAACAAAAAAGUUACAUGCACAGUAUAGUUGCUUUUAUUUGAAUGGUUUCAUCUUGGGGUUUAUCUGCAAACAAAAAAUGUCUAGUCAUCUUUCUCAACACACUUGAUGGUUUAGUGGGCAAUAAGAUUUUGUCCAACUCUUAAUAAUAUUAUCAAUAAAUGUAAAUAAAAUGGCAUUUUUUUAUUUUCAGGUAGCAUCAAAAAGUUUAAGUGAAACUUGUCGCGCUGAUCUUAAAGUUCAGUUUCUUACUGCUGUGAUGAAAAAGUAC